AUGGCGUCAAUCGAGGACUUGGCGAACCGCUGGCUGGAACUCGACCAAGACGACGAAACGAAGAACGAGAUCCAAGAACUCCUGAACAAGAAAGAUGUCGAUGAACUGGAAUUACGACUACGAAAACGCAUUGCCUUUGGCACGGCGGGACUGCGAUCCUCGAUGAAAGCUGGCUUUGCCCACAUGAACUCGUUGACUGUUUUGCAAGCCUCUCAAGGACUGGCAGACUACAUCCUCCAACAACAACGUCGGGAUUCACUUGGAGAUCUGAGCGUCGUGGUGGGAUACGAUGCUCGCCAUAACUCAGAGAAGUUUGCUCGAUUAGCAGCUGCAACAUUCUUGAGCAAAGGAUUGAAAGUGCUCUGGUUCGGCCAGCUCGUCCACACGCCAUUGGUGCCAUUCGCCGUAAGCGAAUACAAGGCUGCAGCAGGAGUGAUGGUCACAGCCAGCCACAACCCAAAGAACGACAACGGCUACAAGGUGUACUGGUCGAAUGGCUGUCAGAUCAUACCACCCCACGACAGCGACAUCGCAGCAGCUAUUGACAAAGUCGACACCACCCUCUCUUGGGACACAACACUCGUCGACACCCAUCCCAACGUCAAGAAAAUCUUCACCGAAGCCGCCAAAUCGUACAUCGGCCACGUCACCGAACUCGUCUGGCCCUUACCCUCCGUCUCAGACGCCAUGCCCUUCACAUACACCCCCAUGCACGGCGUCGGCCUCACAAUGAUGAAACAAGUCGCCUACAUGCUCUGGUUCCGGGGCCACUUCAUGCGCGAAGUAAAAGAACAAGCGCAACCCGACCCGGAGUUCCCCACCGUCUCCUUCCCGAACCCCGAAGAAAAAGGCGCCCUCGCCCUCGCCAUCCAAGAAGCGCAAAAGAACGGCUCAGACCUCAUCCUCGCCAACGACCCGGACGCCGAUCGAUUCUCCGCCGCGGAGCGCCUCGUCAAGGGCUUCUACCACCAGUUCACGGGCAACCAGCUCGGCAUCCUCUUCGCCUCGCACGUCUUCGAGGCGUACAAAGGCGACAGGUCCAAACUCGUCAUGCUCGCCUCGACCGUCUCCUCGCGAAUGCUCGCCGCCAUGGCCGAGCAGGAAAACUUCAAAUUCCAAGAUACCCUCACGGGAUUCAAAUGGCUCGGCAACGUCGCCCAAGACCUGCAGAGACAGGGCUACGACCCAGCUUUCGCCUUCGAGGAAGCUAUCGGGUUCAUGUUCCCCACCGUUGUCUGGGACAAAGACGGCAUCGCCGCCGCGGCAGUCUUCCUCACCGCAUGGCAGAGAUGGAAGAAGCAAGGCAUGACUCCCUAUCAGAAACUCCAGUCCCUCUACAAGAAAUACGGCUACUUCGAAGACGCAAACACAUACCUCAUCUCGCCGUCGCCGGAAACGACCAACAAAGUCUUCAACGACAUCCGAAAAUCCCACAACGGCUCCCGGCCAGAAGCACUCGGGCAACGGAAGAUCUCGCGGUGGAGGGAUCUGACGAUUGGAUAUGAUAGUGCGACGGAGGAUCAUAGACCUGUGCUGCCGGUGGAUCCUGGUGCGCAGAUGAUUACGUGUGAAUUGGGCAGCGUGGUGUUUACGGUUAGAGGGUCGGGGACGGAGCCCAAGAUAAAGCUAUACAUUGAGGCUAGAGGGGAGGCGUCGGCGGAUGCGAAGAGGGAGGCACAGGAGGUGUUGGGGGAUCUUUUGAGGGAGUGGUUUACGGAGGAGUAUGGGUUGAGGCUGGCUGGGACUGGGUGA